AUGGGAGGAGAUUUUAGUGGCCACAUUGGGACGUCGUCGGGGGCUUAUGACGAUGUGCAUGGCGACUUUAAUUUUGGAGACAAAAAUGGAGGAGGAGCUUCGCUGUUGGAGUGUGCUAAAGCCUUUGAUUUGGUGAUUGCUAACUCAUGUUUUCCAAAGAAGGAGGAGCACCUGGUCACCUUUCAGAGUACAGUGACCAAAACCCAAAUUGAUUACCUUUUACUUAGGAGAUGUGAUAGAGGUUUAUGCAUGGAUUGCAAGGUCAUCCCGAGUGAGAAUCUCACGAUGCAACAAGGGCUAUUGGUUAUGGAUUUGGCGAUCACGCGGACAAGAAAAAAGAAGGUAGUGUCUGGUCUACCUAGGAUCAGGUGGGGUGCCUUGACUAAGGACAAAGCUGAGGAGUUGGGGAGAAGUUACUGGCUAUGGAGGCCUGGAGGAGUAGUGGGGAUGCGAGUUGCAUGUGGACUAUGA